ACGUGAUCAGACGUUUUUUAAUGGCGGACGCUUCGCACAAACUGUCGUAAACGAACACAAAAAUCCAAAACCUUGAAGCAGAAAGCGCUCCAACAAUCGAAUUAAGUGAAGCUACUUGCAGUUUCGACUUUUGUUAGUGUUGUGGUGUGCGAAUAAUAAUUAAUCGUGUUAUGUGCGUGCGAGCGCUGGACGCGCGACCAAUGUAACCUCACAUAGUUGUUGUGCGCGUUUGUUUGUUGUUGGUGGCGGCGCCCGCGGGGGUGGUGUUGUUUUGGAUGCGGUGCAGCGUCUGCGGUGGUAUGCGCUGAGCGCGAGCAUGGCCGACGUGGUAGCCGCAACGCAGACGCAGGGCGAUGGCGGCGCCGCACCGCCGAAGAAGGACAAGCUGUUUGACCCGUCGGUGGAGAUGCUCGUGAAUGACUUCGACGACGAGCGUACACUCGAAGAGGAAGAAGCGUUGGCAGCUGGAGAAUCUGAAGAUCCCAACGCAGAGCUCUCAAGUCUGCAGAAAGAGAGUAAUAUGCCUUUGGAGGAGUUACUGGCAUUGUAUGGAUAUCACAAUGAUAAUAAUCAAGAAACAGAGAUGACUGUAGAUGAUGAAAAUGAAAAUGAUGGUGAGAAGGAGAAUGAACAUGAGGCUGAGGCAGAGAAUGAUGUGGAGGAGCCUAUGGAUGAAGAACAACUUGAGCAGGAGGAGGCUGAGUGUGAGCCUGAACCUGUGGAGCAACCCUCAAACUUACAUGCUUUAUAUGAACCCAUUCCAGAAAGUGACCAGGAUGCUUCAAGGCUUCUUCGAUCUGUAUCCCGAGUAAGCGAAGAAGAAGAAGAGGAUUACGACUACAGCCCCGAUGAAGAUGAGUGGCGAAAGGUUAAUAAGACGAUUAUGGUUGGUAGCGAUUACCAAGCACAGAUCCCCGAAGGUCUGUGUCAUUACGAUGACGCGCUGCCAUACGAAAACGACGAUAAGCUGCUGUGGGACCCGAACACGAUUCCGGAUCCGGAAAUAGAGGCGUACCUGAAGAAAGCGGCGCAUUCCAGCCGCCCACCCGCGAUGCCCAUGGGCGCGCAGCUGCGCGACGAUGAGCAGGCGCUCUACUUGCUACAGCAGUGCGGGCACAAUAUGGAAGAAGCCCUUCGACGGAUCGGCAUACAAGUAAUACCUGCCUCGGAUGCGAUGAGUUCGUGGUCGGAGGAAGAGUGUCGCAACUUUGAGGCGGGCGUUCGAUCCUACGGGAAGAAUUUUCAUCAGAUACAACAACACAAGGUUCGAACACGCUCAGUCGGUGAACUAGUGCAAUUCUACUACCUGUGGAAGAAGUCCGAGCGACACGACAUCUUCGCAAACAAGUCGCGCCUUGAAAAGAAGAAAUACACACUCCAUCCGGGCCUAACGGACUUCAUGGAUCGCUUCCUCGAGGACCAAGAUGGCCGCGAUCGCAGCUCGUCGCCGAAUGUGCAGUGCAACGCCAGUGGUGACAGCAAAAAGUCUUCUUCGUCUUCAUUGACUGCGGCCAUUACAGUAGCCACAGCUGCUGCCCCUGCCUCCUCCGCCACGCCCCCAGCGCUCGCCGUCGACAUUACGCCCACCAUUACCGCCGCCAAGCCCGUCGCCGACACGUAGUUGUUAUUAUUUAUUGUUAACCAAAAUUGCAAAGAUAUAUUUUUAUACGACGCUAUUAAUAAGCAGAUGCGGGCGAGCAAUGGGCAGGCGGGGCCAUGGACAGUAUUUAUUGCAGUGGACGGCGAACGUACAAACACGAAAUGAUUAUGAACAAUUUGUGCGGUUGCUGUGUUGUUCUUCAAGAGACUUUCUACACAUUCAUCGAAAGGCUAAGGAAGAAUGACGAUUCGUACUUUGUAUACACACACGUUAAAAAUUAUUUUAAUUACUAUGACAUAAAUUACAUAAAUGAUACCAUACUUGUAAAAAUAUGGCGCGUGCGCGCAAUGUUGAAAAUUCGAUCGCUUUCUUCGCAAGAGUUUUCAGUAUCUUUCAAAUAUAAAACAAACUUUACGUACAAAA